UGAGUAAUUUGUUGCCCCCACUAAAUCAAUGUUGCCGUGUGUAUAUAUAGAGAUUAUUUAUUUGUAUGACCUUUGUAAUGAUUCCCAAAAAAUUUAGAGGUCAUCUGAUAGAAACUCUCUAAAUAUAACACAUCACAAUAACAAGAACAAGCUGAGAAAAAAUAAGAACUGUUUAUCAGUGUCAGCGAGUGUCCACUCGAGACGCAUGUGAGUAUAUUGUGGAGAAAUCAAUUGAUAAUAUGGCGUCUGAAAAUAAUGUUAAUGGAGCACAUAAACAUGGAGAACAUCUUAGAGUUUUGACACUUAAUAAAGGAGAACAUCAAGAUGGUGUAUUGUACAGAGUUAAAAAAGGCUGGUACGUAGAAUUCCAUCUUGGACCAUCGCUGUUCGGCAGGACCGUUGACAUAUUUACCAACCAUCCAAUAAGUGACAAAAAAUUCAAUAGACAUACUUACUAUCAACUAAGUUGGAGCAAUGAUGUUGCUGUUGUUCAAGCUACUAUUCCUGGAUCAUUUCAUUACUACAUAAUUGACGCCAAAGAAAAGAACGAAUUAAAACCUCUGGCUUCAGGAUACGUUCUGGUAGAACCCGAGUUACAAAUAGGAACCAACGAAAACUUACCUCUAGACUGUAUCCAAUGUCAAACCGUCUUAUCAAAGUGUCUUGGAGUAUUUUCAAGCUGGCGCGACAAGCUGGCAGUCUCAAAAAACUCUGGCUACAACAUGAUCCACUUCACGCCGAUCCAAGAGCUAGGAGGCUCAAAAUCCGCGUACAGUUUAAGCGACCAGUUAAAACUAAAUCCUUCUUUCCAUGACAAAGACAAACCGACGACUUUCGAAGACAUCGAAAAACUAACCACAGAACUAAGAACUCAAUUCAACGUAUUGUCCAUCUGCGACAUAGUGCUCAACCACACAGCCAACGAAAGUUCAUUUUUAGUAGCUCACCCAGACUGCACUUACAACUGUUCAAACUGUCCUCACUUGCGUCCGGCUUAUCUCCUAGACGCCGCGCUCUUCGAACUGACCGUCCAGGUCGCUGCAGGAGACUGGGAGCUCAAAGGGAUCCCCAGUAUUGUUGAAACCGAGGACCAUCUCAACGCAAUCCGUCACGCGUUGCACACCUACUUUCUACCAUUGGUAAAAAUUCACGAGCUGUUUACUUUGGAUGUAAAUCAAAUAGUAAACGAAUUUCUGAACCUAGCAAGAACUCAGAUCCCCCAGGACGGAGUUUCUUCAGAGAAAACCAUAAAAAUAAUCCAAGAUCCUCAGUACCGACGUCUGAAAGCUUCCAUAGACAUGCAAUCAGUUUUGCGAAUCUACAACAUUUACCCUCAAGAUUGCUUCGAUGAAGAAACCCGUCUUAAACGCUGCGCCGAGGAAUUCCGUAAAGACAUCCAGUCUCUUCACGACGCAAUUAUCAUCGAGGUACAGAACCACCUGAAUGCAGCAAUUGAGAACACAAUUGCUUCCAUUCGUUACUUCCGAGUCCAAGAAGACGGUCCAAGAUUAAAAGAAGUCAGUGCUAGGAACCCGCUGACUGCGCGCUACUUUACCGACUAUGGAACACCAGAAUCAUUGCUGGAACGAGAAACUACCAUGUACUCAGACAAAGGUUGUUACCUGAUGGCUCACAAUGGCUGGGUGAUGAACAGCGACCCACUAAAAAAUUUCGCUGAUAGUGAUUCUAAUGUUUAUUUGCGUCGAGAGUUGAUCGCUUGGGGAGACAGUGUUAAAUUGCGCUACGGAGACAAACCUGAAGACAGUCCUUUCCUCUGGAAGCACAUGACUGAGUACGUAGAGCAGACUGCCAGGAUUUUCGACGGAGUCAGGCUGGACAAUUGUCACUCUACGCCAAUUCCCGUAGCAGAGCACAUGCUUGACGCGGCGAGGCGCAUUCGUCCGGAUUUGUACGUAGUCGCAGAACUGUUUACCAAUUCAGAUCAAAAAGACAAUAUUUUUGUGAAUCGAUUGGGAAUAACUUCUUUGAUCCGAGAAGCUAUGUCUGCUUGGGACUGCCAUGAAGAAGGAAGACUGAUUUAUCGGUACGGUGGGGAACCCGUUGGAGCGUUCUUCCAAGCGAAACAACGCCCUCUGGUACCUGGCAUUGCUCAUGCGCUGUUUAUGGACCAGACUCAUGAUAAUCCGAGUCCUGUUGAAAAGAGAAGUGUUUUUGAUUUGCUCCCUUCUGCUGCGUUGGUCAGCAUGGCUUGCUGUGCUAGUGGAAGCAAUCGGGGUUAUGAUGAGCUUGUUCCUCAUCAUAUUCAUGUUGUUGAUGAAAAUAGAGAGUACACUCCUUGGGGAGAAGGUAAAUUUGUUAAUAGUAAAAAAGGGAUGAUUGCUGCUAAGAAAGCGUUUAAUGAUCUUCAUUAUGAGCUGGGAAAUGAAGGAUUUUCUCAGGUGUUUGUUGACCAAAUGGACCCUGAUAUUGUGGCAGUUACUAGACACUCGCCCAAGACUCAUGAAACUGUUGUACUAGUGGCGUUUUCGGCUUUCCAUCAUCCGGACUCUAAUGCUACUGAUUUGAGAAGACACGUCAGACCGCUGAGAGUUGAAGGAGUUGUUAAAGAAAUAAUAUUUGAAGCGAGAUUAAUUUACCAAUGUGAAGGAAAAAACACACCUUUUAAAUAUCCUGAUGGACAUAUCAAGGAUAGUGAGUUCAUAAAUGGCUUGGAGAAUUAUGUAGUUGAUAUUAGAGAGCAUAUUCAAAUUUCAGAGUCUAAGAUUGUCGAGAAAGCGGAGUCGGGUGAUUUAAAAAUAACCCAGCUUAAUUUUGUUAACUUCCAGCCGGGAUCAGUGAUAGCGAUUCGAGUGCCGCUGCAGGAUAACAUCAAGCCAGCUUUGAUGAAGCUGAAUGAAAUAGUCCAUUCGAUUGCUUCAAUGAAAGAAUUGAAAUCGAUUGUAGGGCGAAUGAACCUGGCGGAGAUGAACAAGGUUUUGUAUUGUUGUGAUCAAGAAGAGCGCGAAGAAACCGCGGAUCACUUUGGAGUUUACAAUAUUCCUUCCUAUGGGCCGCUUGUUUACGCGGGUUUGCAGGGUGUAGUGUCGCUUUUAGCAGAAGUAAGGCCUAGUAAUGACCUGGGUCAUCCAUUGUGUGUGAAUUUGAGAGAAGGUAACUGGCUGAUUGAUUACAUUUGGCAAAGAUUGAAGAAUUACGAAGGAACUGAAGAACUUAGCAAGUGGUUUGAGCAAGCUGCUGAGCCGUUUAAGUCUAUUCCUAGGUACUUGGUGCCAAGUUACUUUGAUGUGUUGAUUGUAAAUGUCUACAUGAUACUUCUAGACCGCUGUUAUGAGUUAAUGUCGCCGUUUGUGCAAGAAGGGACUACUUUUGUAAAAUUACUGUCGCUGAUUUCAGUGCAAGUUAGCGGAGUAGUAAAAUCUGCACAAUUACCAGAACUGUCACCAAAUUUGGCACCACCAAAGCCAAAAGUUACUAGUGAAAACAAGGAGCAGAUGUGUACGACAAUAUCCGCUGGAUUGCCUCAUUUCGCGGUUGGAUAUAUGAGAAAUUGGGGAAGAGAUACUUUUAUUGCAUUGAGGGGAAUUUUAUUGCUAACUGGAAGACACGAAGAGGCAAGAUUUAUAAUUUUGGGUUUCGCUGGAACGUUGAGACACGGUUUGAUCCCUAAUUUACUGGAUCGAGGAGUAAAUGCGAGAUUUAACUGUCGCGAUGCUGUUUGGUGGUGGCUGUACACUAUCAAGUGUUAUGUUGAAGAAGUUCCAGAAGGAAUUAAGAUUCUGUCGGAUAAAGUAGCGAGAUUGUUUCCGACUGAUGAUUCUCCAGCGUUGCCUGCAGGCAAAGUUGAUCAACCGCUGUGUGAUGUUAUUCAAGAAGCUCUGACAGUUCAUUUUCAAGGUCUGUGUUUCCGCGAAAGAAACGCGGGCAAACAGAUCGACGAACACAUGACAGACCGCGGAUUUAAUAAUCAAAUUGGCGUUCAUCCAGAAACAGGGUUUGUUUUUGGAGGAAACGACGCUAAUUGUGGAACUUGGAUGGACAAAAUGGGUUCUUCUGAAAAAGCUGGGAACAAAGGUAAACCAGCGACACCUCGCGACGGUUCCGCUGUGGAAAUAGUGGGGUUAAGCAAAGCCGCGCUUUCAUUUCUAGCGGAACUGUACAAAAAAAAUUUAUUCCCGUACGGUAGUGUCCAGCGAAGAAAUCGUGAUGGUACUUCAACCACUUGGAGCUAUCAGCAGUGGGCUGAUCGCAUUGUUGAUAACUUUGAAAAGUACUUUUACGUAAACGAAACUCCGACUGAAGGUGAAAUGAACCCAGAGCUGAUUCACAGGCGUGGAAUUUACAAAGACAGUCACGGAGCGACUCAGCCUUGGGCUAACUACCAAUUACGGCCUAAUUUCCCGAUCGCGAUGGUCGCUGCUCCGGAAUUAUUCAACCCGAAGCACGCAUGGGCUGCGCUGAAGUCUGUGGAGACAAUUCUUCUAGGUCCUCUGGGAAUGAAGACUCUAGAUCCUGCUGACUGGGCCUACGACGGGAAUUAUGACAACUCUAAUGACUCUACUGAUACUAAAUUAGCCCAAGGUUGGAACUAUCAUCAAGGGCCUGAGUGGCUUUGGCCUGUAGGCUACUUCUUGCGUGCAAGAUUACACUUUGCGGCUCUUGUUGGAGGUGACGAAGAAUUAGAACGGACUGUACACUCUACUGAAGCUAUCAUUUCGAGACAUUUUACUGAAGCUUCUACUAAUCACUGGCGGGGACUUCCCGAGUUGACUAACAAAGACGGAGCCUAUUGUCGCGAUAGUUGUCGCAGCCAAGCUUGGAGCGCUUCCGCGAUUCUUGAAGUCUUGGAAGAAGUUAACAAACUUAAAUCACGUCUCAGUCAGUCUGAAGCUAAAUUGAAGACUCAAAAUAAAUUAAACUGA